AUGGAAUGGCUGUUUUCUCUGACCCGGAUGCUCAUGAUGGCAAUGGUGACCUCUUGGUUCAUGAGUGCCACUGCUGAUAGCUCGGAAGCAAGGGAGUGCUCUGAGUGUCACAGCAAUGCCACCUGCCUGGAGGACGGCGUGGUCACCACCUGCUCCUGCCUGGAGGGCUUCACCGGCAACGGCCUCCAGUGCACGGACCUGGAUGAAUGCGCCACCCCUGGCGGGCACAACUGCUCGGCCAAUAGCAGCUGCGUGAACACGCUGGGCUCCUACACGUGCGUCUGCCUGGACGGCUUCCAGCUGACGCCCGGGCUCGGCUGCACGGAUGUGGACGAGUGCAAGGACCCAGGGCUCCACCAGUGCCACGCCCUGGCCACCUGUAUCAACCUGGAGGGCAACUACUCCUGCGCCUGCUCCGCUGGCUACCUGGGGGACGGUCGCCACUGCGAGUGUACCCCGGAAUCCUGCGGGCCGGAGCUGACCUGCGUGAACCAGGGCGGCUCGUUCGUGUGCGUUGAUCCGUGCCAGACCUACAGCACCCUGGACCAGUACUGGCGCAGCUCUGAGUACGGGACCGGCUACUCCUGUGACAGUAGCCUGAACGGCUGGUUCCGCUUCGUGGGCCAUGGUGGCGUGCGCCUGGCGGAGACCUGCGUGCCCACACUGCGCUGCAACACUGCGGCGCCCAUGUGGCUCAACGGCACGCACCCCUCCAGCGAUGAGGGCAUCGUGAGCCGCACAGCCUGCGCGCACUGGAGUGGCAACUGCUGCCUAUGGGACGCGCCCGUGCAGGUGAAGGCCUGUACUGGUGGCUACUAUGUCUACCACCUGUCACCGACCCCUGAGUGUCACCUGGCGUACUGCACAGACCCUACCUCCGUGGAGGGAACCUGUGAGGAGUGCGGAAUAGAUGAGGACUGCAAAUCGGACAAUGGCAGGUGGCACUGUCAGUGCAAACAGGACAACAUCACUGAUGUCACGCAGCUGGAGCGCAGGCUGCAGUGUGGGGGUCACGAAAUCAAGGUGUCCCUGAGCAAGUGCCAGCUGAGGAGCCUGGGGUUCCAGAAGGUCUUCAUGUACCUGCACGACAGCCAGUGCUCGGGCUUCAACGAGAGGGGCAUCAAGGACUGGGUGUCCAUCGUGACCCCCACCCGGGAGGGUCCCUGUGGCACGGUGAUGACGAGGAAUGAAACUCAUGCCACCUACAGCAACACCUUGUACCUGUCGGAUGAGAUCAUCAUCCGUGACGUCAACAUCAAAAUCAACUUCGCCUGCUCCUAUCCACUGGACAUGAAAGUCAGCCUUCAGACCUCAUUGCAGCCGGUGGUCAGUUCUCUGAACAUCAGCGUGGGAGGGACAGGCAUGUUCACCGUGAGGAUGGCGCUCUUCCAGAAUCCUGCCUACACACAGCCCUUCCAAGGCUCCUCGGUGACCCUGUCCACUGAUUCCUUUCUCUACGUGGGCACCAUACUGGAUGGGGGUGACUUGUCCCGGUUUGCACUGGUGAUGACCAACUGCUAUGCCACGCCCAGCAGCAACGCCACAGACCCCAUCAAGUACUUCAUGAUCCAGGACAGGUGCCCACACACAAGGGACUCAACCAUCCAAGUGGUGGAGAACGGGCUAUCUCCUCAGGCCCGAUUUUCCGUCCAGAUGUUCCGCUUUGCAGGAAACCACGACCUGGUCUACCUGCACUGUGAGGUGUAUCUCUGCGACACCCUGAGCGAGAAGUGCACGCCUACCUGUUCUGGAACCAGAGUCCGAAGUGGGGGCUCCAUAGACCAAUCUCGGGUCCUGAACUUGGGUCCCAUCACCCGACAAAGUGUCCAGGCCGCCGUCUCGGGGGCUGCUUCCUACAACCUGGGACUCCUGAAAGUGUGGCUGCCUCUGCUGCUCUCAGCCAUCUUGUCCUUGAUGGUCCAGUGA